AUGACCUGUCCAGCGACGCAGCUUGUUUGGAGGAAAACUCCACGGGCCCUCUCUCUUCUUAAGCUUCUGCGUCGAAACCCCGACCUCUCUCUUUCUUCCUCCCCUCCAUCUCUUUCCUCUUCCUCCCCUCCAUCUCUUCCCUGUUCUUCCUCGUGGUCUCCCCCUUCUUCCUCGUCUUCCUUCUCUCUUUCCUCUCCUCUCUCUUCUUCCUCUUGUGUCUCUUCUUGCUCUUAUCUCUCUUCUUCCUCUUCUUCCUCUUCUUUCUCUCCUUCGUCUCCUUCCUCUUCUGCCUCUUCUUCCUCUUGCUUCUCUUCUGUUUCGGUAUUUCACACUGCCUUACGCGGCGUUACCCCUUUCUUGCAUGAUGCGACAACAGGACAUUUUCCCCGUCUUUUCCGCACGCGUUCUGCAUCGACUGACGCCUCCGUAUUAGCGAAGCCGUCUGUCUACUCGUGCGCCGAAGCAGAGAAAGGAGGCGAGGACAAGGCGCCAGGGAAUCAAACAGAAGGGAGCGCGCGAGACAGCGACGCAGACUCGCUCUCUGCCACAGAAGACGCCGAGUACCAACGCGCAGCCGAUGCGCUCCUGAAGACGCUGUUUCAACAAGUGGAAGAGGAUGCAUGGGAAGGCAUCGAAGACAUUGACUAUCGCCGGCGGCGACUACUUCGAUUACUCGGCGCAGUCUUCGUCAGGCUGUCCGACGUCUUGGCGUUCGGCGCGAUCUGGCCGGACUCUCGGCGAGGUGCUCUCGGCUGA